AUGAAAUUAUUAUUUUAUUGUUUUCUCGAACAAUCAUUAUCAUUGGAUUUAGAAGCAAUAUUAUCAGAAUUAACAGCCAUUCUAUUUAGAGAAACUGAUGUUGAUCAAUUAGAUUAUAUUAGUUUAGAAGGAUUAAGGAGUUCAGUUAAACGAAAAGAUGUUUUACCUCAAGGAUGGGCGAGUCAAGUUAUUCAGCAAAAAGAAAACAAAAUAAGAAUACUUCUACGUAAAAUAAAAUGA